AGGCCCAGCCUAGCAACUUAGCACCACUCAAAGCUGCACGGCCAGCACGGGGCACCUAAGCAGCAAAACUCUCUACAGGAACCAAGCAGGUCAGAAACCGGUGGCCCCUGAGGGGAUUUCCGGUGUUCUCUGUCGACGUUUACGCCUGCGCUCGGCUUAUUUCGGGGAGAAAAAAGGCAAAUUUCUAUUACUCACCCUAACAUUACAUCUUUCUCUCUCUCUCUCUCUCUCUAUAUAUAUAUGUUGGGUCGUAAAGUUUUCGGACUUACACAGAAAUAACCCUAAACCGCCAUUAACAUUCAUUCAAUGCCUUGAACCUGUCGCCUCCUUUGGACCGAAGCUCUUCUUUUCCUGUCUUGGAACUCCAAGACAGCCAAGCUUCACCUAUUCAUCGCACAGAAGAAUCCUAGCUUCCUCGGUGGAAAUCGGCUUUUACGAGCAGGGAAAAUCUCAAACCCUAGCUCUUCACCUUGGAAACUCAAGACUUCUCAGGUAGUCUUCGGGGUGUUGUUCUUUUGUAGCAGAGGAGAAGCGGGAAAAGCUAAAUGUGGUUUCUAUAUUAACGUUUAGGGCUUCUAUUUUAUUCUCUACAGAGGGCUUUUGAAGUUUAGAUUACUUUUUUUUUUUUUUUUUUGGAAACAAGAUGAGCGAGAUGAAGGAAAGUGGGGAAGGAGGAGCAGAUAUAGCCGCAGCGGUGGAUACUGUGCCGACUGGUGGGGAAGUCGAGCAAGAACGGUUACCUCACUCGGGUGAAAACCAAAACGAAAACCCUAUUGAAAAUGGGCAUUCGCCGCUCGAGCCGUCGGUUGACAGGAACGUUGAAUUGCCUAUGGAAGAUCAUUCGAGCGAUGAUGAAGAUUCUGUUGACCCGGCUUCUGAACCUGCUGCUGAUGAUGCUAAUGGCCCGUCUGAAAGCAAAAGCGAUGUUGAUGAGACAGGUCCGGUGAAUAAGGCCCCGCCUGAAGACGCAGAACAACGUGAGGGAUUCACUGUCAAUAAUGCGGAGGAUGAGAAUGGGGAGGGAUCUAAGAAUGCGGUGAAGGGAGAGGAAGCACUUCCGUCUGAAGAAAAUGGUUUUAAAGAGACUAUGUUGAAACAGGUUGUGGUAGCAGAAGAGUACCCGGUUAAGAAGGAGGAACCCAUCCAGUCAUUUCUUGGGGAGUCGCACUCGUUCGAGGGUGACGAUUCGGGAACAGAGGAGGAACAAGCUGCAUUCAUGAAAGAAUUGGAGAACUUCUUCAGAGAGAGGAGCUUGGAAUUCAAGCCUCCAAAGUUUUACGGAGAAGGAUUGAAUUGCCUGAAGUUGUGGAGAGCUGUGACUAGGUUAGGAGGCUACGACAAGGUAACAACAUGCAAGUUGUGGCGGCAAGUUGGAGAGUCCUUCAAACCCCCAAAGACUUGCACUACUGUCUCCUGGUCCUUCCGAUGUUUCUACGAGAAGGCACUCCUUGACUAUGAAAGGCAUAAAAUGCGUGGUGGUGAGCUCCAUGGACCUGUUUCUCCCCUUGCAGAGAGCAUGAGUAUUGAUAGUCAGGCAGGUGGUAUUCAAGCAUCAGGUUCAGGUAGGGCACGGAGGGAUGCUGCAGCUCGUGCUAUGCAGGGAUGGCAUUCCCAGCGUCUUCUCGGUAAUGGUGAGGUUGGGGAUCCAAUUAUUAAGGAUAAGAAUCCUGUUCCUAUGCCAAAGCGUGAAAAACAGAUUAAAAGUGUUGGUUUACAUAAGCGUAAAAAGCCAUCCAACCUUGAGCGUGCUGUCAAAGCUGCACGUACUAAAGUUGUGAAGCCACAAAUGGAUACUAUGGUUGUUGAUAUUGGAGCUCCUGCUGAUUGGGUGAAGAUCAAUGUUCGGAAAACUAAGGAUUGCUUUGAGGUCUAUGCUUUAGUUCCUGGGCUUCUACGUGAAGAGGUUGUUUCCUUUGGUAUGAGAAAUUGCUUCAAUGCUAUUUACAAAAUUGGAAUAUAUAAUAAGACGGUGGUGCUGAUGUUGGGGUUGGUGGCUGCCAUUCAGUGCGUGUUCAGUCAGAUCCAGCUGGACGAUUGGUUAUAUCUGGUGAACCAGAGCAGCCCGAUAAUCCUUGGGGUGUCACCCCAUUUAAAAAGGUUGUCAGCUUACCAUCAAGAAUCGAUCCUCAUCAGACUUCUGCUGUUGUGACCCUGCAUGGCCAAUUGUUUGUACGUGUUCCUUUUGAGCCGACAGAUUUGUAGGAUGUGGUUAAGUUUGUACUCUCUGCUUAUUCAGACAUGAAGCUCAAUUGUGCAUAUGGAUGUUUAAACAUUUUAAAUACUAUAGAGCUAGUCAAAUGUUUAUGUCAAAA